AAUUUACAAAUGACAGAUUCUUCACGGAAAGGGAAUGUACCACAUACCGGAAGUGACACGGAAGUGAUGAGCGUGGUCUUUUCGUGUUGUUGUUGUGGAGUUUAUGGCGUCAAAUAAGUUUAUGGUGACCGCCCGAACAUGGACUGCGGCCGAGGGAUGUUUUGCCCGUUUUGUGGCAAACACAUGAACAGCUUAACGCGGUUUUGCUUUACGUGUGGUCGGUGUUUGGAGUUUUUAAAGGACACGGACAAGACGGAAACAUUGGAAACACAGGGGACGUCUCGACAGCCGGACAGUGCUAUGCAAAAACAACCAUGCCCAUCAUACAAACAGUUCAUGGAGUACAGAAGCUCGAAAUCAAAAGAACGACAGUCUUUUAACUAUGGGCCAAAAGGAAGAUAUAGGCCUAAAGAAAGAAAACACGUCCAGAUAAACGUAGGAUUGAUGGUGCCAAGUGGAACUGAUUUAAAACCUCUAAGAGGGAAAACACUACCGUUAUUUACAGACCCAGAGGUAGCAGCACCUGAUCUACUGAAACAAGCUGUCCAGAAAAUGACAACAUUUAACAAGGACAUGCACGAAGGACCUUAUGUCCUUUUGUAUCCAGACUGCUCAGAGGUGGUUCAUGUGCCUGGGUCAGAAAGGCCAUUCAAAUUGGCAGAAUAUAAAAAGGAAAUAGGAAAGGCAUAUUCCAGGAUCACUUUUUUCAUUUGCCUAGAAAAACACUAUAAAAGAGUGGAUGAUACCUCAGACUCUGAUUCUGAAAUUGUCAUCACAACAAGGAGCACAGCUGAACUCAAUCAUGCUGACACUUUGGUUUUUGAACCACAAAAUCGAAGUACUCCCAAACACAAGCUGGACGAUGAAAGAGAUGCACCAGGACAAUCAACAAUUCAGCCAGGACAGAUAGUAAUAUCUGAUGCUGAGGAUCUGGAUCCACCGGAAGCAAAUCCAGAAAAAAUGUCUUGCUACAGUAAAUACACAGACCUGUAUUCACCAAAUGUUGAGCAGGAGGACGAAGAGCCGGUUGCUGUCAAUGUGAAGAAUUUCCAACACACAGCAAUGUAAUAUGCUUUUGACUAUAGCACUCCAGUUUUUUCACUGUACAAUAGUUCUUGUAUAUCUGGAAUAUCCACAAAUGAAUUAACUUUUUGUCAUUA